GGUUUGGGCCGAAACUAAUGUCGAUUGUGAUUUUACGGAAAGAAGUAAAAUGGGUCGGCCUGAAACCGAUGAAAGGCUCUCUCAAAUUUAUCAGUCACUGGAGACCGUACUAGAGAAGGCCGGCUCAGUCUACCCUGAUAAAGUGGGAGCUGUGACAUCAUCAUGGGCAGAAGUAGCGAAACUGCCCGGCCCAGCGGUCGACUCGGACAAUGAUGGACCCCUGAAGCUCAUCCAGCACCUUCACAGGCUGACGCUGGAGCUGCUGCUGCGCGGCGAGUGGGCGGAACUGCCGGUGGAGCGCCGCUCCGAGCUGCUGGCGGCAGUGUCCUCGGCCGGCAGCGCCGUACCGCUGCCCGCCGUACAGGCCGUCUGCAGCCAGGUGCAGACCCUGGCAGACGGACCGUGGCAGCAGCCCAUUCUCAAACAGCUAAUGGCCAAGGAGACCGUCACAGACGAGCAGGCUCUGGAGCUGUGCUGUACAGAGCAGCCCGACCUUCUGACGCUGCGUCUCCAGACUCUGUGCGAGUCGCGCUGUGAGGACCUGGCGCUGGCCCUGGUCCGCCUGUGCCACAGGUGCCGAAAUAUGGCAGACGGCGUGUUCAACAAAAUGUGCUCUGAUGGACACAAGCUAUUGUUUUUGGAUCUCUACAUUGCUCUCCUGUUCAAGUACAAAGAAAAGGAUGUCAUCAUCACUUUGCUAUCGGACCUGGACGGCGCGGCGUCCGUGGGCCUGGUGCGCCGGUUCGUGGCGCGCCGCCAUGAGUGCCGCCAGCGCAUGUGGCGCCAGGCGGCACGCGUGGCCGCCUUCCUAGCUCAGCUGGUGCUCGUCCAGGCGCUGCUCAGACCCGACGACCAGCACGUCUGUGACCUGACGGUGGAGUGGGCGAAGCUGGCGCGGGAGGAGGCCACCACAGCCGGCGACGUUGAACCGAUCGCUCGCAGGAUCUUCUCCCGGACUGAGCUGGCGUGCCAUCUGAUCAGCUUCGCCCGCGGUCUCAGCCAGGUGUUUGGCGCCGAGCUGCGGCCGCUGGCCAUCGAGAUUUGUGUCCGGGCGCUGACUCUGGAGACGAACCGGCUGGAACACCUGAAACUGACCGAGGAGAGCGGUAGUGGCGGCGGGGAGGGCGGCAGUGGCAGUGGUGACAGUGGCAGUGGCAGCGCCGGCGAUAAACAGGAGGCCACUCGCUGCCGGCGGGUGCUAGCCUCGGGCCUCUCGUUUCUGGCCGAUCUGACGGCUGACAGUCGCCGCGUGAGCCGCGAGUGCGUCCUGUCGGCCUUCUCCCUGGAGCCGAGUGAGGAGGCGCUGCGUCAGCUCCAGCAGCUCUCCGACGAGCCGGACCUGCCUGACUCUCCGGAGCCGCCGGCGCUGGAGGCGGAGCCGAAACGGGAGCCGACGCUGGGGUCUCAGACGGAGCCGAAACGGGAGCCGGUGCUGGGGUCUCAGACGGAGCCGAAACCGGAGCCGGCGCCGGGGUCUCAGGCGGGACCGAACGCGGAGUCGAAAACGGAGCCAAAACCGGACUCCGAGCUGGAGCCGACGCUAGAGUCACGGACGGCGCCGGUAUUGGAACCAAAACCUGAAUCAAAACCAGACUCCGGGCUGGAGGUGAAGCCAGGGUCGCAACUGGUGCCAGUUUCGGAACCGAACUCAGAGAUAAAGCCGGACUCGAGAGCGGCGCCAGAGCCUGCAACAGGCCCUGCUCUCAAUCAUACUGCCGUUGAGAUGAUGGAACCGGAGCCAGUACCUGGUGCAUCAGCAGAGACUAAGGGCACCAGUGGUGAAGUGAGUGAGGCGGGGACAGUUAGAUCCCAGUGCGGUCGGGUGUCGAUCGGUGCAGGAGGUGACGGUUCACCCCCGACAGAUAAGUGCGGAGGCGGCGUGCACGUGAAGUCUGAACCCUGUGAGGAAGAUUCGGCAGUGGCGAUGGACAGUGAACCCCCGGACCGGCCGGGCGGGGGCGGUGAGAUCACGGACAGUGGACGACCUGGAGCGCAGUCUGCGGCGGGUGGAGUGAAGAGCGAGUGGCGUGGCGCGGCGUCGGACGAUGGGGCUCAGGGUAACGACUCUAAUGCUGCGUUAGACCUGAGUGAUGCCGCCUUCCAGGCAUCGGCUGACGGUCUGAUUGAUCAGCUGCGACACGCGUCUGUGCGGCAGGACAGUCAUGAGGGGGAGAAGGCGAGUGAGGUACUGUGUCCACAGCGCGGCCACCCUCCGCCUUACCAGGCUUGUACCGCGGCUCUGCCGUCAUACCAGGCUGCCAUCGCCUCUCUGCAGUACCAAGCUGGUAUCGCGCCUCCGCCGUACAAGACUGUCGGCGCGCCUCCGCAGUACCACGUUGGUACAGUGUCACCGCCACACUACACUGGCGACUUGUCUCACCUUCCGAUCUCCAGUCAGCUCACUCCCGCCAAUUGUGAGCAGGCGCCAUCUCAGAACUCCACCGAACAGAAUCACAUGAGCCUUGGAGUCAGUACAGAGGAGAACUCGGAGGAAAAGAUAGCACAGAGGAUAAAUCAGCACGCUGACUUGCCAGCGGAGCGUCAGCAAGCCCAGCCUCCAGUUCAGCCGCCCGACAAGCCCCCUGAUUUAGUAGCCGAGGGCCAUCCGCCCGACUCACCAACCGAGCGCGCGGAGAGUCAGAGCUAUGACGUUCUGGCCGACUGCGGACCGGCGCUGGAUGCGCUGGGCGUCUCCGAACAGCUAGCCGCAGACCUGGUGGUUGUGCUGAGUAGCACGCGAUGGAAGAGACUCAGCUGGGCGCUGGGAUGGCGGCGACUGCGCGCACUGUGUCGAGCCUACCUGGCUGAUCCCGCCUGUAUGAUGAAUAUCACCCGCGAUCUGCGCUUCCUCGAGAUUGACUACAGCAAGUUCGGAGUUCGUGGCAAGAGUGAGCCAGUGGACGAGUUUCAUGGCAUCGAGAAGGGGUACGAACGGUUCCUGAAAGGUGGUGGUGGAAGGGCUGUGGGAACUGCUGUGAAGUGUCCAACUAGGGCCACUGGUGACGGCAAAAGUCCAAGAAAAGCUCCACUGAAGGUCGAGAAGGUCACACCGACGCAGGAUGUGAAGCCCUCCGUGCCGCUGGCGAACGGUGUCCCCCGUCCUCCGCUGCCGGUGCCGGUGCCUGUUCCGGCCGCAGGGACGCCUGUGAGCGCCACUCCGACCAAAGCCGCUGUUCGCCCUCCGCUGCGACCGCCGCCCGAGGGGAAGCGAGUGACGGCGUGCGGCCGCAGUCCGCGCCCGGGCGGCACCGGCGGCGUGCGGCGCGGACUGGAGAUGUUGCGCCGCAAAUUACAGGCCGAGCGGGGCUCCCUGACCGGGUGCGCGCCACGCUCGGCACCUCAGCCGCGUCCGCCCACCGGGCCGGCCGCCGGCGCUGAGGCCGCCCGCGGCGUGCCACUGGCCGGUCGGCCGCCGCCGCAGUUCCCUGGUAAACUGGAGCCAGCCGCUGACUGCCCGCUGGAUAUGACCAUGAGCUCGGUGAUGGCUGCCGAGCGGGCGCCGGACGCCGCCCGUCUGGACACGCUCGCCGCGCGCCAACAGGCGGCCGCCAUCGCAGCGGCGCGUCGCGCCGCACUGGCCGCUCUGGCGUCCGCUCCUAGACGAGCUCCCGGCAUCAAGUCUGCCAUUAAAGCUGCGUGGCCGCCGCUCCAUGCACCGAUUGGCGUGGCUGCUGGCGGCGGCGGGUCAGGGGCCGCCCUGUCUGACCGACUGCACCGUCCGACCACCGAGUGUAUGUCGCCACUGGCCGGUCUCGCCUCCCUGACCUCCGGCCUGGAGCUGGGUCACGGCAGUGGGGACAGCAGCGGCGGGUGGACCAUGCUGGACCGCCUCUCCGUGGUGACAAACGCUCCCAUCAAUCUGACCGACGCUGACUCCAAGUGGCUGGGCGCCCUGGUCGCGGAGGCGGGCGGCGGUACGCGCACGGCCACCCCGGCUCGCAGCAGGCCGAAGGGCAGUCCCGGCAGGGCCCGCUCGGGCUCUGGGGGCACCCCUCCGCAGAACGGCAGACGUAAGAGCGGCGGACAGAGCAAGGAUAUGCUGAUGAGCCCGCCGGACCGGCCGCUCUCGGUUCAGACUCCAGACGGCUCUCGCCAGCUGUCGCCGGCGGCUGGACAUCGCCACCAGUCGCCCUCUCUGCCGAGCCCUCUCGGACAGUCCCCUGUGAGCGCCAGUCCUCAGUUGACACCGUACGGUGGACACAACUCCCCGGCCCCGGCUCAUUCCCACUCCGCAGCGGACGCCGCCGCUCGCGCUCACCGGCCACCAGGGAUCGUCCCACUGCCAGCGCAUCGCUCCUCACCGAGUCCGGCCGUCGGAGGGCCAGGCCCCACCCCGCCGCUCCCGGCGCCGCCGCCUGCCGCGCACCAGCAGAGACCGGUGGGAGGAGCGGGCUCACAGCAGCUGGCCGGGCUGGGCCGCCAGGUGGCGCCGGCCGCGCACCAGCAGCCGCCGGCGGGCGCGGCGCCCCAGCGCCAGUUCGCCGCGGGAGGGUACCAGCAGCACCACCCGCCGGCGGGGUAUGUCAGUGGCGCGGCCACGCACCCCCAGCAGCGCGCCACGCCCAGCCCGCAGCAGCAGUAUGUGGUGAACGCGCACCAGCAGACAGCCAGUCCGCACCAGCAGCACAGGGCCGCCCCCAGCCCCCACCAGCAGGCGCGUUCCUCGCCGAGUCCUCACCAGCACUCCUCCCCCGGUCCCCACCAGCAGCUGAAUCUCGUGUCCAGUCCCCAUCAGCGUCCGCAGUCGACUCACAGUCCCCAGCAGCCCCAGUCCACAUCCAGUCCUCAUCAGCAGUCCACUCCCAGUCCUCAUCAGCGCCCAUUUUCCUCGCCAAGUCCUCACCAGACCCCUCAUUCCACCCCCAGUCCUCAGCAACAUCAGUACGCAUUCAGUCCUCAUCAGCAUGGUCAGUCUGCUGUCAAUUCGUACCAUCAGCAGCAGGGUGCGCCGGGUCUUCAUGCACCAGCUCGAUAUGAUGCUUCAGCUCAGCACCAGAGUAGUGCUGUCAAUCAGCACCAGCAGUACAAUCAGCAGCAACCAGCGCCCAGUCCUCAGCAGUACCGACAGCCGGCACGUAAUACUCAGCAGCAUCCUUCUGCCCACCAGUACCAGCUGCAAUCGCAACAGCAGGCCCAGCAGCAGCAACAGCAGCAGGUCCAACAGCAGCAGCUGCUGCAGGCACAACACCAGCAGCAACGGCAGCAGGUCCAGCAGCAACAGCACCAAGUCCAGCAACAACAACAACCGCAGCAGAGGGCCCAGGAGCAGCAACAGCAGCAGGUCCAACAGCAGCAGCAGCAAGUCCAGCAGCAACAGCAGAGGAACCAGGCCGAACGGCAGCGGCUGCUGGCCGCCAGCGCUCAAUUGCAGGCUCUGUUGACCGCCCCGCGGACGCGACCCCUGCACCAACAUCUGUUACAGCAGCAGCAGCAGCAGCAGCAGCAGCAGCAGCAGCAGCAGCAGCAGCAGCAGCCGCAGCAGUCGCAGCCGCAAAGGAUGCAGCUGCCCUUCCAGCCCCAGCAGCAGCAGGACCUGGCUGGCCUGGGCGGCCUCUCCUCCGCCCCCUCAGUGGCCGCCCAGCAGUCGCCUGUCCUCAGCAAACCGCCGCAGCCGGCUCCGCUGCCCGUAUCGGCCACCCACCAGCUGCAGGCGCGGCUGGGUGAGCAGGGACGGGCGUCUCCGGCGGGUGGCUCGCCCGGCGGUCACCUACCAGGCGCCCUCUCUGCGGAGAUGGUCGGUCAGAUGUCCGGAUAUCAGUCUCCGGUGAACGCGAGUCUCAGGCGACAGCUCCCGGCGCCGGCCAACUCGUACCGGCAGACACCGACGCAGGGUGUGGGUUCAGUGCAGGGACUGAGGGCAGACCAGCUGCAGGCUCAGCACACAGCAGGGCAGGUGUCUGGUCAGUCUCCAGCGCAUCUACAGGGUCAGUCAUUGACUCAGACUUCGCUUGGUGUCUUCGGCACUCAUCAGCAGCCGCCUCAGACGGCAGGGGACUUCCUACAGCAGCAGGCCAUGAACAGUUCCAACCACCAUCUACCGACCAGUGUCGCGACGCCUCAGCCGACAGCAGGUGUAGUUAAACACCAGCAGAUGCCAUCUGGACUUAACUCUGCCGGCCAGCCAAUGACUCCCUCAGCCCCCGCUACCACCACGCCGGUCGCUGCCGCCCCCACACUGCCAACUACCUUACCUGGUGGUCCGACAACUCCCUCAGCUGUGCCGACCCCGGCCGGAGCAGCGACUCCUGCGGCCAAACCACCUCGUCGGCGUCGCCCCCCACCGGCCGGUGGCGGACGGGCGGCGAAGAAGCGGCGCACAGAUGGGCCAGUUGAUGGUGCCGGCGGUGCUGGAGCCGGGAAUGGCGGCGGUGGUGACACUGGUGGUGGUGCUGUUCUGAGUGGUGGUGGUGGUGGUGCUGUGCCGAGUGGCGGCGGUAGCGGUGGUGCCGGCGGUGGUAGUGUGACGAUUGAUGGCGGAGGCGGAGCAGGCGAUGGCCCGGCCGGUGACGGCGCAAACGACGGCGGUAUCAGUGUCAUGGAGGUACUACAGGCCAUGAACGACCCCGGCGGCAGCGGCGGCCAGCCGGAGACCAUCACACUCUACCGGUCUCAGGAGCCGGCCGCGGGUGCGAGCGAGCCGGGCGCGGCUCAGACGCUGACUCAGCAGCCGCCGGCCGGUCAGCAGCCGGCGCCGGCUAAACAGCCCCGUCAGCGCCAGCGUCAGCAGCCGCGGCAGCGGGCUCAGCAGCGUCAGCAGCCGCAGCCGCAGCCGGCGGCCCCUCAGCAGCAGGGCACAGCCGCUCCACAGGGUCAGGCCCUGUCCACUCCGAGCGGACCGCGGCUGGCGGAGCAGCUGCGUGAGUUUGAGAGCGUGCUGGAGGCAGUGGUGACGGGUCAGGACCGCCCGGACCCGCCGCCCCCUCGGCAGCCGCCGCCGACCCCCGCGCGCGCCGCGCCGCCGCCUCCCCCGCCUCCCGAGGCCAUAGAGGAGGACGACCAGACCCGGAACCGGAUCGUGGCUAUCCUGCAGCAGUACCGGCGGGACCUGGCGGCUCAGCCGCGCGCGCCGCCGGCCGCCGCCCGCGCCCGUACCGCCCAGCCGGCCGGCGGCGGCUGGCAGGCGGGCUCCGGCGCCGGCGGUGGCGGUCAGCCGACUUCGCUGCACGUGGUGUCGGUGCCUGCCCCGGCGGGCGGCGCGGCCGGCGGCGGCUGGGGCCAGCAGCAGCAGCAGCCCGGCUGGGCCGGCCAGCAGCCGCCGGCACCGAUGGCU